GCGCACGCGCGCGGGGGGGGGGCGGGAAGGGGGGGGGGCGCGGGCACCCGAGGGGUCCCGGGGCCGGCGGGUCUCGGGUGGGAUCCUUCUCUCUCAGUCGUACUUGGUUGAGUUCCCCCGGGACUUCUGAAGUUCCAGCCCGCGCUGGACUUUUGGGAUUCCCUCUUCCGUAAAUAGGAAUCCGAGGAAUGAAUGAAUCAAUGAAUGAAUGAAUAAACGAACCAACUGGGCCACUUGGCCCAGGCCUCCUUCCUCCUCUGGUCGUGGGUGUUUUCCUCUGGGAAGGAGGGGUAGGUUGGGUUGGGUGGUCUGAGAUCCCUUUUGCUUUCCUUUCAAUUCCGUCUUUUCAUUCUCCUCCGUUUUCAAUCUUCAACACUUGGCUAGUCCUUAAUGCAUUAAGUCCUUUAUUUACUGUGUCUGGACCUGGCCGGGGUCUGGCUGUAUAUGGAAACUGGGAGGGCAUCCUGGGAGUUUCCUGGUGUCCACAGACAGGACAAAAGCUACCCCAACUUCUUAAAGCAUGGCAUGGCUUGGAGGUGCUGGUAAAACUGAUCUGAGGUUUUUGCUGUCCCUCCCCUCAGCGCCGACACCAUGUGGAUCCAGGUUCGGACCAUGGACGGGAGGCAAACCCACACGGUGGACUCGCUGUCCAGGCUAACCAAGGUGGAGGAGCUGCGGCGGAAGAUCCAGGAGCUGUUCCACGUGGAGCCAGGCUUGCAGAGGCUGUUCUACAGAGGCAAACAGAUGGAGGACGGCCACACUCUCUUUGACUAUGAGGUCCGCCUGAAUGACACCAUUCAGCUCCUGGUCCGCCAGAGCCUUGUGCUCCCCCACAGCGCCAAGGAGCGGGACUCUGAGCUCUCCGACACCGACUCCGGGUGCUGCCUGGGCCAGAGUGAGUCGGACAAGUCCUCCACCCACGGCGAGGCGGCCGCUGAGACCGAUGGCAAAGCGGGCCUGGCGGACAAGGACAUGUGGGAUGAGACGGAGCUGGGGCUGUACAAGGUCAAUGAGUACGUCGAUGCGCGGGACACGAACAUGGGGGCGUGGUUUGAGGCGCAAGUAGUCCGGGUGACGCGGAAGGCCCCCUCCCGGGACGAGCCCUGCAGCUCCACGGCCAGCCCGGCGCUGGAGGAGGAUGUCAUUUACCACGUGAAAUACGACGAUUACCCGGAGAACGGCGUGGUCCAGAUGAGCUCCAGGGACGUCCGAGCGCGUGCCCGGACCAUCAUCAAGUGGCAGGACCUGGAGGUGGGCCAGGUGGUCAUGCUCAACUACAACCCUGACAACCCCAAGGAGCGGGGCUUCUGGUACGACGCGGAGAUCUCCAGGAAGCGCGAGACCCGGACGGCGCGGGAACUCUACGCCAACGUGGUGCUCGGGUCACCCGUCCUCCUUCUGCAGUAUCCGGAAGGCUACUUGGAGGCCCUGGCCAACCGAGAGAGGGAGAAGGAGAACAGGAAGAGGGAGGAGGAGGAGCAGGAGGGGGGCUUCUCGGCCUGCAGGACGGGCAAGGGCAAGUGGAAGCGGAAGUCACCAGGAGGUGGCCCAGGCAGGGCCGGGUCCCCGCGCCGGUCGUCCAAGAAAAGCAAGGUGGAGCCCUACAGCCUCACGGCCCAGCAGAGCAGCCUCAUUAGAGAGGACAAGAGCAACGCCAAGCUGUGGAAUGAGGUCCUGGCAUCACUCAAGGACCGGCCAGCGAGCGGCAGCCCGUUCCAGAUGUUCCUUAGUAAAGUGGAAGAGGCGUUCCAGUGCAUCUGCUGCCAGGAGCUGGUGUUCCGGCCCAUCACGACCGUGUGUCAGCACAACGUGUGCAAGGACUGCCUGGACAGGUCGUUCCGGGCACAGGUGUUCAGCUGCCCCGCCUGCCGCUACGACCUGGGCCGGAGCUACGCCAUGCGGGUGAACCAGCCUCUGCAGACCGUCCUCAACCAGCUCUUCCCCGGCUACGGCAACGGCCGGUGAUCUCCAAGCACUUCUUGACAGGCGUUUUGCUGGAAACGUGUCGGAGGGCUCUCAUCGGCCUCGGUGUUCUUCUUAGUGGGCUUAACUUAAACAGGUAGUGUUCUCUCCGUUCCCUAAAAAGGUUCGUCUUCCUUUUUUUUUUUUUUUUAAAUUUUUAUUUUUCAAAUCUAUACAUUUUCAGGAAUUUAUGUAUUCUGGCUAAAAGUUGGACUUGUCAGUAUUUUGUGUCGUUUUUAUUUUGAAAACAUAAAAGCCUGCAAUUUCUCGACAAAACAACAUAAGACUUUUUUAAAGAUGGAAUCAGAAACUUCGUGGCGUGGAGGCUGUUCACGUUUCUGAUGUCAGGUUCUCAGAAGCUGCUGCCACCGGCUGUAAGGAGGUGGAGGGAUCAGUCCUUCUUCCGGGUUUGUGGGUUUGGCCCCCAAGGUCAGAGCAAGCAUCUUCCUGACGGCCUUGUAGCAUCUGAAGUCUAGUGACAUGGUUCCCGUGGUGGCCCGUGGCGUGGCGUGGCAUGGCGUGGCUCAGCUGUCUGUUGAAGUCGCAAGGAAAAGAGAAAACACCUCGGGCCUGGUUCAAACCUUUCCCUCAAAGCCAUCCGCCGCCAGACUGCUUGGCAUCUGAGAUCCGCGUGAAAAGUCCUCUGCCCACUCACGCAGGGAGCUGGGGCCGCACAGAAAUGGCCUCGAGGGGACUCUGCUCCACGUGGGGCCAGGGGAGUGGCUGAUGCUGUCCGGCGAAGGUGGCCACGGACGGACGGCAGCACACGAAGCCAUGUUCAAGUGCCUUUGGUUCCUUCCUCCUUUGCAAAGACGACAGUCUUUGUUGUUAGCACUGAAUUGUUGAAAAUGCCAACCAGAUUCUAGAAUCUGCGGUCAUCCAGUUCUUCCUGACACCGGGUGGGUGCUUGGGAACAGUUUUGAGUCUUACAGAUCAUUUAAAUUCAAUUUUUUAACUCUGCAAUUGAGAACUUACAAGAGGGAUUUUUUUUUUAACGGACACAUUUUCUAAAUGAAUUUUUUUUGUAGUUUACUGUAUAUGUACCAAGAAAGAUAUAAUGUUAGGGGCUGGUUGUUUCUUAUUUUUUUUUUUUAUUUUUUUUUUGAAAGGGUUUGUUAACUUUUCUAAUUUUACCAAAGUUUGCAGCCGAUACCUCAAUAGAACAGGGAUAUUUUAAAUCACAUACCUGCAGACCGACUGGAGCAAUGUUAUUUUUAAAGGGGUUUUUUUUUUUCACUUCCUUAUUCUUAGAUUAUUAAUGUGUUAGGGAAGAAAUGAGGCAAUUUAUGUAGGCUUUUUCUAAAGUCCCGUACUCUUUGUCCAGAUUUUAGAUUCUCAGAAAAUAAAUGUUUUUCACAGACAUA